CCCCUACAGUCUUGAGCGUCCCCGGGGAGUGUCCGUGACUUUUUUGGGGGUCUUCCACGCUGACGUCAGGUCGUGCGUGUGUUCCCGUGAAGAUGGCGGAGGCUGGAGCGACUCCACGGCACCGGUUUUUCUGUCACCGCUGUAAACGUGAAACAGACCCCAAACUCCCGGACUUGGUGUGUUCUAGGUGUGAGUCCGGCUUCAUUGAGGAGGUGCCAGAAGAUUCUAGUCUGCUGCAUAACAGGUCAGCACCCGCUGAUGUGACGGAUGCAUUGUUCUCAGAAUUUUGGCAGCAGCUGUUUAUGGAGCUCACUGCCCUCAUUUCACAUCCACUCAGCUUGGAGUUGGACCCGGGUGUCGAGGAGCAGGUAUCUGAGAGUCCGGACUCUUCUUCAUCAGUCUCACCGGAAGCUGAAGCGUCCACAGAAUUAGAAUCUCCCUCCCAAUCCGGACAAGAAAGCACGUCCCAGCUUGAAGAAAUGCCUACAGUGGAAGGGCUCGUGCAGCACCACUUGGCCGGCUUGUUUGCCAACAGUGGAAAUCUGGGCGCCGCACCAGCUGCUUUGUCCAGCAUGCUACAUUUGUAUUCAAACCCGGCAAAUUACGCCUGGGGUCAGGGAGGACUGGGUGCAAUUAUCACAGAGUUAUUGGUAGAGUUGGAAAACAGUGGUCCACCCCCUGCAAAAAAGGAGACGAUUACAUCUUUGCCAACAGUUUGCAUCACUGAAGAGCAGACAGACUGUCGACUGCAGUGUCCCGUGUGCAGAGAGGAGUACUCAUUAGGGGAAUGUGUCCGGCGGCUGCCCUGCCUCCAUUACUUCCACAGUGAUUGUAUAGUGCCUUGGCUGGAGCUGCAUGAUACCUGUCCAGUAUGUCGCAAAAGCCUUGACGGCGUUGACAACAGCUUUACGCGGAUAUUAGAGCCUGCAGAAACCGUCACGACAGAGGAAAAGGAGGGGCAAUAGAUCUGAGGAAUGGGCCAAUCAACUCUACCUCUGGACUGUUUUUCAGGAGACAACCACCUACAGUAAUAGUAAUAACUCGCUCGAUGACAGAGUAGAAGUCAGAGUUGAGAAGUAACACAUUUAUAAAAAGGCUUUUGGUAAGAAUGAC